CCCGUGACCUUACUCCAACCUCACUUUGCCGGAGAAGCAGUGAUAUCGGUUCUCUCUUUCGCUGACCAGCCUCCAGCUCCAGCCUCGGUGCUUCAUCAUGGCAGCCCAAGAAGAACCACGUAAAGUGAUGCCUAAAUACGUAAAAUUUGCUUUUGGAGGCUUGGCCGGCAUGGGGGCUACGUGUUUUGUGCAGCCCUUGGACUUGGUCAAAAACAGGAUGCAACUCAGCGGGGCUGGAGGAAAAGCCAAAGAGUACAAGACAAGUUUUCACGCAUUCCGAGGCAUAUUGAAAAAUGAGGGAAUCGUAGGCAUGUACUCGGGACUGUCAGCAGGCCUUCUUCGACAAGCCACUUACACCACCACUAGGCUGGGUAUUUACACCUGGCUUUUCGAAAAGUUCUCAGGGGCUGAUGGAAAACCACCUGGAUUCUUUGUCAAAGCUGGCUUGGGCAUGGCAGCUGGCGUUGCUGGAGCCUUCGUCGGCACUCCUGCCGAAGUCGCUUUGAUCCGCAUGACUGCCGAUGGUCGCCUCCCACUGGCUGAGAGGAGAAAUUACAAGAGUGUGUUUGAUGCUCUCUUCAGGAUAACCAAAGAAGAAGGUGUCCUCACUCUUUGGAGGGGUGCCAUUCCAACCAUGGGCAGGGCUAUGGUUGUGAAUGCUGCACAGCUUGCAUCAUACUCUCAAGCAAAACAAAUCCUUCUGGACACAGGUUACUUCCAUGACAACAUUUUAUGCCACUUUGUGAGCAGCAUGAUUUCUGGUCUGGUCACCACAGCAGCAUCCAUGCCCGUGGACAUUGCCAAAACCAGAAUUCAAAACAUGAAAAUGAUUGACGGCAAGCCAGAGUACCGAGGAGCUGGAGACGUUUUAAUGAAGGUUGUGCGAAACGAAGGUUUCUUCGCACUGUGGAAGGGCUUCACUCCAUACUACGCCAGGUUGGGCCCCCACACAGUGCUCACCUUCAUCAUUCUUGAGCAGAUGAACACAUUGUACAAGGAAAUGGUGCUAGGGGACUUCAGCGGAAAGAGCAGCUUAUAAGAAAAUGCAGAACUGCUCUCUAUUCAAGAAGUUGAAUGGUCUGACUCAAGUCUUAACACAUCACAAUGAACACACGCCAUGGAGGUUAUUACAGCCAAAAAUUGUACCAUGGGUUUUGCUAUUUGAACACUUUCAGUCAUACAGAUUUUUAAGCGUUUUCUUCAGUCGAUUUCAUAAGUUAAUAGCUUGAGAAUAAUUUUCUAGUACACAAUUGUUAGUUGCACUUGUCAUACAGGUUAUUGUUAGCGAGUCUCCGCUCGUAUAGUCUAUUCCCCUGAAUUGGUGGUUAUUGUGGUUUUGAUUGGGUCGUAAAUAUAACAUUUGAAAUGUUUUCUAGUACGAGAUCACAGUUAGCACAGAAUGUGAUACUCUUAAAGUGAUUUGUGCUAGGCUGAGCCUAAUGAUUCCAAAAAUCGGUUCGUUUUCAUUUUAAUUUUCACACAUUUUGCAUUGGGGUUGGCAAACUGUUGUUGUCUGUUGUGCUGAAAGGCUUGUUUUAUAGUUUUAACAAAAUAACAAUGGAUUUAGCAAAAAAUAAAAAUAAAGAUGCUUCAUUUUACGUGAUAACCGCAAUCAAAAAUG